GAAGAAAAAAAGAUCUUACGCUAUGGAUGCUCGUCGACCUGUUUUGUCUUCUCAACCUUAUCCUCCCUCCUCCGUUCCUACUACCCAGUCCCUGGCGGCGGAGUAUGGUGGUGACACGACCAGCUUGAUUUCGCAUGAUGGCGGACACACCGGCACCACUGUCCCUCCUACAACCACUUCUACCGUCGUCGGUGCCUCCACUGCUGCUUCCACCUCGGGCUCCACGUCCAGCACAGGCUGUCUGAGCGAUGGCACGGUCGGAAGCACAAGCAGCACGAGGCAGCCACUCCAGGAGUCGACAGGCAAUGCCCAGCACCAGCCCCAGCAGCAGCAGCAGCAGCAGCAGCAGCAACAGCAACAGCAACAGCAUCAUCACCACCAGCACCAGCACCACCACCACCACCAAGUCCCCUCGCUGUAUCCUCCCGGCCAGUAUCCCCUGCCCUCUCUCCAGCCCAUCUCGAGGUCCUGCACGCCAGCCCUCUCGUCCACGCCCUCUCUUUCCAUCCUGACGGGUCCCCUUCCGGCGCCGCCAAUCCUAGCGUCCAACGCGCCGCCGCACCCUGCUGCAGCUGCAGCUGCAGCGUCUGCUGGGUCAGGAUCGACAGCGGCGGCUUCCGGGUCGACGUCCUCGCUGAGGGUGCGGCGGUACCAUGAGCUUGUGCAGAAGCGGAACCGGAACCCCAUCUAUGACUGUCCCGAAUUUGCACAAUACAGGCUCAAGCAGAAAGAUAAGGACCGGCAGGUAUGGCCGGACGUGCUCGAGCAUGCGUUUCUAGAUGCCCUCCUGCUCAUUCUCCAUAUGGGCCGCCGCAAGUUCUACAUGGGCGGCAAGCAGCACGGCCGCAACAUGAUCAUCUCGGAAUACAUCUGGCUGCGGUGGGUGGCCACAUUGCCGCCGGGGACGAGCCCCAGCAAGAUCUGCGAGCUCCACGGCAAGGAUGGGCGCCCGCUGAACCUCCCGGAUGAGCACCCGGGAAAGUAUCACGACAUGUACCGGAAGCGGAAGCAGGUGUCGAGCCAUAUCCAGGUUCUGAAAGGGUUCUUUAGACUCAACUGGGCUUACAACUUUCUCUUCUCCAAAGGUAAGGAGGAAGGCUCCAAGGACAAAAACAAGCAGCCCGCCCCAAACAGGUGGUAUAAAGAGAAUACCGACCAGCGCUCCUUCAAGGGAGACCCAGUGCUUACGGCCCUGGAGCGCAAGCAACUCCCCACCGUGCGGCCCAACUAUGAGUAUUUCCGGCAGCUUCUGGCUAUGGACACGAAAGUACAGGUUCGGCCGUCCACCUGUUGGAUCUACGUCGCCAACACGUCGCUGCGCGACCAGCCCUCCUCUUCGCCGUCCCUGGUCCCUUCCAGCUGUGACACAAAGAAGUCCAUCCUCACCAAGGAGGGCCUUUGUGAGGCUGAAGACGGCGGCAGCGACAGCGGUGGCGUGUACGGUACGGGCCAAGCCCACGGCACAAACACCGUCAUUAACACGUACCAUACGCGCAAGGGGCUCCUGUUCCGGGAGGACUUCCCCCACCGGUACGCCUUCAACAACCCUCCGGUGGGAGAGGAGAGCCCCUGGACGCAGCGCGAGCGCGAGGUGCGCAAUAUCCGCCACAAGCUUCUGCACGAGUACGCGUGGCCUCUCAAGCAGACCGAGUCGUCCUCGGCGCGGGAGGUCCUGGACGAAUGGGAGGUGGAACACCCAGACCUACACGCCAUGCUCAGCGGGGUCAUGGAGCAGCACAAUCUGCAGAACGCGCACGCGCUGCCGGUGAACAAGCUGUGCGACAUCAUCCACGUCGACGUCACGUUCGACGUCCACCGCGUACACUCCCUGCCCGAGGGCACCAGCUUCGAGUGGCCCUUCAAGAUCAGCGUCGCGCAGCCCGGGCUGAUGGGCCACGACUGGCGCGUGCGGACGUGGCUGGAGCGGCCCGUCGAGCUGGCGCGCAACACCUCUGGCAAGGGCGAGGUGGCCCGGGGCGAGGGCAUGGUGAGGACCAAGCACGAGAAGGCCAUGAUGAACGAGAUGACACACAUGAGGGGCUGCGGCGACGACAAUCCUCACUGCGAUUGUCGCAACAGGCACAUGAGCAGUGUGUGGCUUGUGCCGAUCCCGGCCAACACCUGGGCUGAGUCGCUGGGGCUGUGUGCGCAAUUCCCACGGUAUCUGGUGCCCAAGAAACGAGGCUCAGGCCGCCUGCGGAGGGAGGAUGAGAUGCCAGAGUCGGACACCGUCACCCAGAUGGACUUGAUGCGGGGCACAGCCAUGUUCCAGGAGCUGUGGUCCAGCGCGCCCGUGCCGGCCGGCUCGCUGGAGCAGCCUUCAUGGACGCGCAGGGCGGUGAUCCUGUGGACAUUCAACACGAUCCACUUCUUCGACAAGGACAACAACCUGUGUGAGACGCCUGCGGGCACACAGUGGCGGUUCCUGUCAGCUGUCGAUCCCCUCUCUGCGGUGCACCAGGAGAGGAUGCUUCUCGAUGCUGCCCCUCACAACGACCGCGGCGUCAUGUCACCCUCGCCUUCGUACCAACAGCUUCUCAACAGCCAGAUGGCCGAGAACAUGAGCGCCGUGUGGGGUCUUCCCUCGGCGGGAGGUGUCCACUCCGCUCCACCGUCUAUGCCAGUGUCGCCCAUGGCAGCAUAUGGCCCGUCCCCCAUCCACGUUCAUGGCAGCUUUUCCAAUGGUCUCGUCACCCCUCCUGCGUCGGCCACGCUCCCCUCCACGUAUGCCUUUGAGGGCGCCACCAGUCUCCUGCAGUCGCAAGGCCUCGCUGGUGAGCACAUGGGCUAUAUGCCAGUGACCUCUGUCGAUGCCAAGUCCAGUUUCGUGGCCGACAGCUUGUACACGGCCCCGUUCCUUCCAGGCACAACACAUAGCACGUUUUAUGACGAGGCGGAUGAUAAUGAGAGCGACACGACCCUGCCUGGCGAGACAACUGACCUGGCCGGGUUUGGCGCCCAUCAGUGGUCCAACUUGAACACCACUGCUCACAACACCAACAGCGCAGUAGCCCUGGACUGGGACAACCACGCCCUCCACAGUCUCUCCAUGGUUGCCCAGGGGAUGGCUGGCAGCGAAUGCGACGCCAGAACGACUUCGUUUGAGGAGGAUGUGCAGCAGCUGCAACAAUCGUAUGAUCCCUUUGCUCAGCUGCGAGCCGAGGCAAGGGAGCGCAGAAUGCACUCACCUGACCACUACUCGAGGCAGUAUCUGCAUCCGCUGCGGGAGAGCAUCGAGCUGAAGAGAGCACGACAGGAAAGCGGCAGUGAUCACCAGGUAGGCACCAGCAGCCAGGCACACCACGAGACUCUUGCUCCGCAUCUGGGCCAGUCGGCGACUGGUUGGGACGACGAUGUGGUCCACAACCACUACUCGCAGUCCCAUGGCGACGAUAGGCUAGUAGCAAUCAGCGAGUCAAACAAGCCGCUUCAGGAUUAUGGAUCAGUGAGCUUGAGUCCUCUGCUGAAUCGCAAGAGGCGCCGAGAGGACGACGACGACGGCAGCAACAAAUACGACCCGGGUCCCAUGCCGAGCUAUCCGCACCGCGACAACGGCAGAUACAUGCCGACAACCAUCACUGAUCGUCAGGAGGACCAGACCUGGUCGUUACAGGAGUCGCGCGGACCAGAGUAGAACAGAAAGACACACACGCACUCUCUCUCUCAGAGAUUCAAGCGGAAGUCUCUGUGUACGGAUGGCGAUGCCGUGCUGCUAUCUUACUUCGCAUCCUCCUCCUCCUCCUCCUCUUUAAUUCUGUGGGCCAGAAAAGGCGACGGGGACAGGUCUAGGCUGUGACAGCGUUACGGAGUUUUGGAUUUAUUCACUCACCAGGCAAUAAACCUAGUCAGGAUGUCAGGCGUUUCAUGUUUUUUUCCCCUUCACAUUUUCUUUCGUUUCCCCCGCAAGAUAUAGGAGACCGGGUCCAAAGGGACAGGCAAAAUCGGCUCUGGCUAGUAUUUAGGUACUGCUAGUAAGUACCCAGGGUAUAUCUC